ACCUCAGAUGAGUCAUUUAAAACUGCAGAAGAUUCAGCCUUCCAUAUUUGGAUAAAACCUCUCAAACUUUGUACUGUUUCAAGAAGGCACAUGUAAUUAAUUAAAGUCAGACCGUACACUCAAAUCAACAUAUGGCUUCUUUAUAUCCGUACUUGAACUUUGUUCAGUCAAAUACUGAGACCAAUGAGGGAUUCUAAAAAAGUAAAAAUGUUUCUUUAUUUUCUUUUUUGCCUAAUUGUAGCUCUUGAAUAUGUUGUCUUAGGGGCAGCAACCAAUGAUAGACAACCCAGUUGUAAAAUAUGCAAAUGUAAUGGAACAACCGUGGAUUGUGAGGGUGUCAAGCUCGACAAUGUUCCAAAAGACUUCCCACCAAAUAUAACUGAGCUAAGUCUCGCAAGAUGUGGACUUGUGGAAUUGAAAGACAAUGAACUUGGAAUGCUCUAUAAGCACCUGAGGCGGCUAGAUAUCCGACAUAAUAAAAUUGCUGCAUUAAAGAAUGUCACAUUUGCUGGAUUGAAUGAAUUACAAUAUAUUGAUAUGGGUGGGAACAAAUACAGGGCUGAUGAGGUGGAUCCAUUUGUCUUCAGCUUGCUACCUAAUAUUACCGAAAUCAUCGUUAGAGGAUAUGGCGACACAAGAAAUCACGAUAUAGACCGACAUGUACCACGGGCAUGGUUUGAUACAUUUAAAGGACUAGAAAAUUCAACAAUUGAAAGAAUAACAUUUGAUGCUAUAUCUGAAAGUCCAGUGAUCUUGAAAAAGGAAGAUUUUGUAUACUUGAAUAAGUCCCCAGUUAAGUAUCUCUCUCUUUAUAAUAUAAGACUAGUAGAUAUUGAUUUUGAGUUUCUUGGAAAUCUCAUUCACCUUGAAGAAGUAGAUCUAUCCAUGAACAACUUGCAAAUGAAUAUUAAGUACCUUAAUGCUAUAACGCAGCUUUUCAAAUUGAAGAAAUUAAGAAAUAUCAGCCUGAACGAUAAUUCCCAGAAUUGGAAUGAAAAAAAUGAACGUGAGCUUCUACCAAAAUUUAUCGCAGAAUUUCCACUUCCAGUGCCUCAGAGCAUGGAGGAGAUUAAUUUUGCUCGAUCAAUUCUGGUCCGUGGCCCAAAGCGAUAUUUAUCAUAUGGAUUCAAAAUUCAGAGGGAGAAUGCAAUAAGGAAAGUUGACGUAUCAGGUUUCAAACUAAUGCAAAGAUUAGGACCAGUUCAUGGAGCAGUUCAUGUUAAGGAGUUGUAUGCUGAAGAUAUUGGUUGUGAGAUGUAUCCAUCUACAUUUUCAUGUGAAUACGGAGCACUUGAAUCCAUUGAGAUAAUGAACAUAGCACAUAACUUCAUUAACAUGACUCAAAACAAUGUAAAGCAGUUGGGAUGUUCACCAACUGUAGCAGACUCCAACACAUAGAUUUGUCAUAUAAUAGAAUGUCCAAAAUGCCAUUUGUUAUGUUCAAAGACUCUAACCAGCUUAGAACUGUCAACCUGAGUGGCAAUGAUCUAAAGCAUAUAAACACUGCCUUAGAUUCAGCUGUUAACCUGGAAACCUUGGACAUAUCUAAUAAUCGACUACAAACAAUACCGGAAGAUAUUCAGAAUCUUGUGGAUCGGCUGAACAGAAACUCGAAUAUGCAGGUUAAAGUUGGAAUCAAAGGAAACCCACUAGUUUGUGGGUGCCAAUCCUUUGACUUCAUAUUUUGGAUGCAAGAACACAAAAAGAACAUCAUUGAUUGGGAAAAUUUAGAAUGCACCUAUUUCAAUUUUUCCAUCGUAAAAAUGCAUGCCAUUGAUUUGGUUGCAAUGAAGUUCUCUUGUUGGAAAACAGUGAUAUUGGCUGGAACAAUACCAUGUGGAAUCAUGCCACUGUUUGGAUGUAUAGUGAUUGUAAUAUACAGAAGAAGGUACAAAAUACACUAUUUGUACCUCAAACUAAGAGCUGCCCUUAGGAACCACAACAAGGAGAAAGACGAGUAUGAUUUUGACGCUUUCAUAAGUUACAAUUCACUGGAUAAAGGAUGGGGCCAGGAAACAUUAUAUGCAACUCUGGUUGGUAUUCACCACUACAGCAUAUGUAUUGAUGACAUUAACUUCAGGCCAGGGCCAUAUAUCUCCGAUAUCAUCAUUGAUGCCAUCAACAGAAGCAACAAAGUCAUUCUGGUCAUUACCCAAAACUUUCUCCGUAGCAGGUGGUGCAACUUUGAACUAAGCAUAGCAAGAGGAGAGCUUGCCAAUAGGGGGCGUGAUUGCAUAAUCCUCAUUCUGAAGGAGCCAAUACAUGUCCUACCAAAGGAUCUAAUCACCCCUACAUUGCAAUCACUUCUGGAUACCCGAGUGUAUCUUGAAUGGAGUGAUAAUGCAGACAGACAAGCCGUGUUCUGGAGGAAGCUAUGUGAUGCCCUAGGUGAUCCUAGACCACAUAAUGAGGAGCCGGGAGGCAGUCAGUAC